AUGACGCCCCCGACAACACCCAAUGGCUCGCAGGAAGACUUCCACGCGCAAUCCAGCGCGCCCACCGUUUUCCACAACUUCCUGCGAGCCUUCUAUCCCUUUCAUCCUAGCUAUGCCAUGACCGACUCAACCGUCACACUGCCAUUGAACGAGGGUGAUGUCAUCCUAGUACACUCGAUACACACGAAUGGAUGGGCGGACGGGACCCUGUUGGUGUCAGGUGCGAGAGGCUGGUUGCCUACUAACUACUGCGAGGCGUACGACCCGGAAGAGAUGGGAAAUUUGCUCAAGGCUCUUCUCAACUUCUGGGACCUACUACGCAGUACCGCUGUCAACGAUAGUGAGAUAUUCGGCAACCAGGAAUUCAUGAAAGGCAUCAUCGCCGGUGUGCGAUAUCUUCUGGAACGAACGAACUGCCUAACUCGAGAGUCGGCCAUCAUUCAAAGACACGAUGGCCUGCGCAGGGGUAGAAAGUCGCUCCUGUCUGAGCUAUCGUCGCUAGUGAAAACGGCAAAACGGUUACAGGAACACCAGAAGAUGCCGAAUCCAUACGAUGACGUUAACGAUAUCAUUGACGAGAUGAUACUGAAGGCUUUCAAAAUUGUCACCAAGGGCGUAAGGUUCUUGGAUGUGCUUGAGGAAGACAGACGGCUACGGGCACCGGCAGUGGCAGUCAUGGCUACAGUAUUGGAGGAAACUGCUAUUCCUCCGACGCCGCCCGCCGACACCGUUGCCUUCGAGGACAAUCAAAGCGGCGAGCUGCUGGUAGUUGUCGACGUGGUUUGCGCUCAUAGCCCUCUUACGAAGGAGCUGCUGGAGCAGCCCCGUGCUGCGAUGUACGACCGCAUUGUGGAUCUUGUUCACGCCGCUCGAGAUAUUCUGCUUAACACUGGACCCGACGUUGCCGAUGUCAUCAUGCCACAAGACAAUAGCAGACUAUUAUAUGCAGCCACGGGUUGCGUCAAGGCGACAGGCGAGUGUGUCGCAAAGACAAAGUGGGUAAUUGAGAGAAUAGGUGACUUUGAGUUUGAAUUCGACAAUGGCAGCCUGGGCAUCGAUAUCGACCUUAGUGUUCUGGACAUUGUCGAGGAAGAGAGGGAACGGCCGAUGACAGCAGUCGACUCGGCCAGUAUUGCAGAGUCAAGCGCAUCAUCUUCUGCUGUAUCGGAACCCUCAGCGACAUCGACACAAGUAUCUGCUCAGGCGCCAAACGCGACCCCACAUGUCGCAAUCCGAGGAGGUUACCCCAGUACCAAAACAUCGAUUGUCAACAUCCUCGAGACCACAGUCACUGGUUCCUUCAGACAGCACUCCAAGUCUGGUAUCCCCUGGGAGCUCAGCACGGCCGUCUCUACCUCCCCUCCCGAAGUUGACGACUACAUUGCUCCCGCAGGAGGACUAUAG